CCGUACGUAUAACCCACCGCGCCGCCCUUCCUUUUUGUCUCUCCGUUUGCUCUGCAGGUCUGUGUGUACGUCGACCUGAAACAGUGUCGAGGUAAACUGUUUAUUCAGAUUGCUAACUUUACAGAACAACAUGGAAAGCCCGGAUCAUAUAGAAAACGAUCUGCCUCUCCAGCUUCCGUCUCUUCGCCUCUUCAUUCCUCCCCUCCGUUUAGUCUCUGGAGCCAUGUGGCACACGGUGCAGAGCAGGAACGUUCAGGAUUAUGGGAUGGUGGAAGAGUUCAUCAGCAGAGUCACAGAUGUUGUGCCAGAACUGUUGAACCCAGAGCAGAAAGUCCAGCUCCUUCUUGGACUCAGAGCACGACUUGUUCUUGAACUGUGUCGUUCGGAGAAGUCCACAGACAUAGAAUCUGUCGAGAUGCAUCUGGAUCGGAUCAGAACCCUCAUGUCCUCAUGGGCAGCGCAGCCUUGCUUUGCAGAUGUAAGUUUUCCCGAGACAAACUUUGUGGAUCAGGUGGAGCUGAUGUUGAAGCACCCUGAGGAGAGGAAGAAGUUCUUCCAGGAUGUUUUCCCCACAGAUUUUGGACCUGAUUUUGACAACGCUCUGCGGAUGCUGAUGCUGGACUUUGUGUCCAGACUGGAGAAGCUUCUUCCAGUUCCUGAUAUUCAGCAGACUGCAUCCAUCCUGAGUGCAGUGCCUUCUGCCUUGGAGGAGUCCGCUCACUCCGUCCCCGACCAACAGCACCUGGCAGCUGCUCUGCGGUACCACACAACGCUCGGAUGUCUCGAUUUUUCCGAUGAAACUCAGACCAUUCCAUCUUCCACUGGGACCUCCAUCCUGUCAUCCUUGUCUCUUCCUCAGCUGGACCAGCUUGUGGUCUGUUCCGACCCAAUACAGACACAGCCUUUGCCGGAGCUGUUGCCUGAUACCUUGACCGUCAAAGUGGAGGAAGAAACUGUGACACAGGUUGACAAUGUUGGGCCUUCCAGUCCAGUUCAGCCGGACGAUCCUGGAGAAUCAAAUAUGGAGGAAUCUGUGCAGGAAGCACCACACCAGGAUUCAGUUGACGGCGUAGAGCGUCCGCAGCAAACAAGAUGGCUCCGACUAAGAAGAGUUUUUAAAGAAAAGAAAGAUCCGGUGAAACCCAAAAGAGUCCGAAGGAAAUACCACGACAGCAAAACCUGUCCUGUGUGUAACAAGACGUUCCCUCGCGCUGCCGGCAUGAGGCGGCACCUGGAGAUUCACAAAGCAAAGCGCGACUACAAUCAUAAUUGUGCCAAGUGCGACAAACGAUUCAGGGACCAGUACGACUUGAAGCGACACACCAUGCGAGUCCACGAAAAGGGAGAGACGAGUGACGGCACUAAUACGAGAGCCAGGAAGUCCAAAGAGUCAGCCACAAAUCAAACCUGUCCUCACUGCGGGAAGUAUUUCGCCUGGCAGAGUGAUCUGAAGCGGCACAUAGAGACUCAUUCAGGGGAGCGCCCACAUCAGUGCUCUUUGUGUGGAAAGAAGUUUAAAAACCCUUACGCCUUGAAGUCACAUGAGAAGAGCUGCAAAACAAAAGCGGAGAAAAUGGCCAAGAAAAAGGAAAAGGAAUCCUUAAAUCCAGAAACAACUGCAGAGGUAUCAGCAGAACCUCCAAACAAUCCACCUCUAAAUACAGAGCUGACUCCAUGUAUGCUGCUGUCUACUGAAGUAUCAGUUAAACAUAAAGUUUGUCCCAUCUGCAGCAUGACCAUUAAGAACAACAGAGACAUUAAGAAGCAUUUGCGAUCUCACUCUGAAGAACGACCGUAUGUCUGCCUCACGUGUGAGAAGGGCUUUAAGUACAAAGAUACAAUAAAGAAGCACCAAACUCUCAAAGGCCACAAGGGCAUCAGGGAGGUGCAGUGCAUGAAACUGGAGAGGCUUCUCUCUGAGGCUGAUGUUCAGUGUACUGGUGAUACUGGUGGACCAGAAGAAAUGGAUCUGGAGGGAUCUGAAGUCUCUCCAAAAGAGAGUGUACCUGUUCUGAAGAUGUCCAAAGACGGCCUGAAAGUGUGUCCUGUCUGUUCCAAGACGUUUGAUAUGAUUAAAACUUUGAACAAGCAUCUCCAGUCUCACAGGGUCGACCGGCCGUAUUACUGCGUCCACUGCAAGAGGCGCUAUAAAGACCUGUACGGACUCAAAAGACACCAGAUCUAUGCAGUCUGCUACAACAAACCCCCACGUUACUCGCUGAAGAAAGGGUCCAAUCAAGGUGAAACGGAUCUCCAACAGAUAUUUGUCUGGUGCUCAAACUGCAGCCAACACUUUGAGUCCCUGUCCGCCCUGAAAGAGCACCAGGAAACCGUUUGCCGAGCGGAACCGACCGUGAAGAAAUGCAACGAGUGUGGAAAGGAGUUCAAAAGCAUAACGAUGCUCAAGGUGCACAAGAAGGUUCACAACCCGUUGUACUGCAAAGACUGCAAGAAGAUCCUGGCUGACGAACCCGCCUUUGAGCGGCACAAGCUGUUGCACAGGCCGAUGCAGUGCACGAUGUGCGAUGAGACGUUCAUCAUCUCAAGACGUCUGAGAGAACACUAUGAGAAGCAGCACAACUUCACAGGACCCUUCCCUUGUACUCAGUGUGACAAAACCUUUGUCCAACUUUCCUAUCUCAUUAUCCACCAGAGGAUCCACAGAGGGGAGUUUCCGUUUGUCUGUGACAGUUGUCCUGAGAAGUUCAGGACCUCCUCCUUGUUGACAGUUCAUCGGCGGAAACACUCCGGGGAGAAGCCCUUCCUGUGCUGGCAGUGUGGGAAGUCGUACCGCGCCGCCUCGGAUCUCUCCAUGCACAUGGGAACCCACUCCGAGGAGAGACCCUGGGUCUGCACUGAGUGCAACAUGGCUUACCGCACAAAGGCGCAGCUCAAGAACCACGUGGAGCAAGUCCACCUCUGUAUCCGGUUCACAUGUGCCACCUGCGGGAAGCAGUUCAUGAAGGAGAUGUCGCUGAAAAGGCACGAGCUCACUCACACGGGCGAGAGGCCUUUUCCGUGCACAGAGUGCGGCAAAUCCUUCCUGACCGGCAACGAGCUCCUGCGGCACAGCAGGUACCACACCGGCGUGCGCCCGUAUAAGUGUGAAGUGUGCUGCAAGGCCUUCAUCCAGUCGAGCUACUUAAAGAUCCACAUGCGUCUCCACACAGGAGAGAAGCCGUACGCAUGCGAAAUCUGCGACAAACGCUUCAGGUUGUCCAGAAACAUGCAGAAACACAGACUCACUCAUGAUGGGAAACAGAAGAGCUUCACGUGUGAGAUCUGCGGACUCAGUUUUUCCCAAAGGAAACUGCUGAACGAACACUCUGUCACUCACGAACAGAACAUUGAGACGGUCUUUGGAAAUGAGAUUGAGUUGGAGUAUCAAUAGGCUUCCUGUUUGCUCUUCGUAAAUUGUAACAUUUCCUAAUUUUUCUGAGACAUUCCUAUGUCUUUAUUAAAUUUUUGGUCACCAGCUCUUUCCAG